AUGCGGAAGCAGACAGAGGCUUGGCGUGAUGCUACGACCUGCAAAGCUAGGGAGACUAUCUUCAAAAAAUAUGGUGUUCAUUGGUCUGAGUUCUGGAGGCUUCCCUAUUGGGAUCCAACCUGGAUGCUGGUCAUUGACUCUAUGCAUUGCAUCCUGGAGGGUUUAGUUCACUAUCAUUGCCACUAUGUUCUGGCAAUUGAUAAGGAUGCUGCGAAGAAGCUCACCGUUUUUCUUCCUUUGGCUUUGGUAACACUCUGGAGGGAUGAUAAUGGUCAAGAGCCAGAUGCAGAUCACACCAUGGUGCUCUUUCAGGCCAUUAUCAUUAUGUGCAAAUAUACAAUGACUGUUCACCACGCAAUCCUGUACUGCGAAUUCAUGAAGAAGUGGGCUGACAGACUUUUUGAAAUACAUCCACAUACAAAAGCUCAAAACAGCAAGCCGAACAUCCAUGCCUCAUUCCACCUAUAUGACUUCCUACUCCUUUUUGAACCAGUAUAUUCAUGGUGGACCUUCCCUUUUGAGCGAUUGAUCGGUAUGUUGCAAAAAAUCAACACCAACGACCAUGUUAGCAGUGAGCCCAUGACCUUAUUGUAG